CAAAGAAUGGAGCCCUGGAACCAACUGCCCGGAAAAGUGGUGAUGGUGACCGGAGCCUCGUCUGGGCUUGGUCGGGAAUUCUGUCUCAACUUGGCUAAGGCGGGUUGUUACAUCAUUGCAGCAGCCCGUAGUGUGAACAAACUUAACUCCUUGUGCAACGAGAUUAAUGAGAUAAAUACAAAAAUAAAAGAAUUAUCUCUUGUUACCAAAGCUGUCGCGGUUGAGUUGGACGUGAGCUCAAACGAAAAUGACAUUUCCGAGGCAGUAAGAACAUCUUGGAAUGCAUAUGGACGAAUAGAUGUUCUCAUCAAUAAUGCUGGUGUUAGAGGAAGCAUUACUUCGGUAAUAGAUAUUAGCGAAAAAGAAUGGGAGUGGACCAUGAAGACAAACUUAACUGGUGCAUGGUUGGUUGCAAAAUGUGUGAUGGAAAGGAUGAUAAAAGACGGGAUAGCAAGAAGCAUCGUAAAUAUCUCCUCCAUCGGUGGCCUCAACCGUGUUAUUACUCCUGGUGGUGCCGCCUACUACACCUCUAAGGCUGCCCUCAACACUUUAACUAAUGUUAUGGCAUUAGAGGCGGGGAAGUAUCAAAUAAGAGUGAAUUCAAUAGCACCUGGAUUUUUUAAAUCGGACAUAACUGAAGAUAUUUUUAAAAAAGAGUGGCUAAAGAACGAUGUUUGGAAAACUGUACCAUUAAGAACCUUGGGAGAAACUGACCCCGGUUUGACUUCGCUAAUCAAAUAUUUGAUUCACGACUCCUCGUGUUACGUUUCGGGGAAUGUUUUCGUCGUGGACUCCGGCUAUAUUAUUCCUGGUUUCCCUCUUUUCUCUUCUCUUUGAUAUCUAUUUAUCUUUGUAUUAAUUGUUUAAUUAUAAGAAUUAGUCUAAAUAAGUAAUAUUAAUGUAAGAUA